AUGCCUAGCAUAGCGAAAACCGUGUACUGGGCCCUCGUCGUAGCGUGGGGCGCGUCGCUCUACCAAAUCUAUCUGAAAGAUCUUUUUGCAAUUACCUUUGGUGUUGGGCGCGUGAUACAGAGCAUCGACGACUUUCCAGAGUUUAGUUGUCGCCGUCUGGUGCAUCCAAGGCUGGAGGCGUGCGAGGAUAUUUGGCUGGACAAUGAGGGAAGAACAUUGUAUGCGGCGUGCGCAGGUACAGCGCCUAGAUUGGCUUGGAAUCAAGCCAUGAAUGACCUCAACGUAACUGGACGGCGGCCCGGCGGCUCAGAGCUCCUCGCCUUGGAUAUAGACGAGCCUGGUGAAGACGGUCUCUACAAUCUUCGCAGUAUCAAGCCAAUCGGCCAUUAUAAAGGAGUAGAUGGUGGCUCUGAUCUCGAUCUUCUGGGCUUCGAUGUCCAGAUCUUGGACGACAACACCAUGCGCUUCUACUUUGUCAACCAACGACCACCAGUCGAUGCGUCCAAUAGCAUUGUCGAUGCUUCUGAAAGUGGCGCGAACUCAACAAUCGAGAUCUUCGAGAUGAGAAAGGGUCAAGAACAGAUGCUUCAUGUCCGAACCGUCUUUUCUGACGAGAUUUGGACGCCGAACCGUGUUGCGGCGCUUGGCGAUGGCUCUGGUGGAUUUCUGGUUACGAACGAUCAUUCAGUCAAGGUUGGCAUGCGUCUCGCACUCGACUACUUCAUCGGUGGAGGAAACGUUGCCUACUGCGACGGAGCUGGGAAGUGUCACGCAGCCUACGACGGCAGUGAGGAACGCCAGUUCACACGAUCAGACGCACCCAGUGAGCCAAAGUAUAAAGCAUACCUUAACAAGGCGCUCAGUUACCUUCCCAAAACGAGGCUCAAGUUCCCCAACGGACUGGCCCUCGGCCGAGACGGCCUCUUCUACGUCCCCAGCACCAUCGACGGUCAGAUCCGCGUCCUAGCACUCCAGCCCGACAACACCCUCAGCUUGGUCGAUACCAUUCACGUUGGCAUGCCACUCGACAACAUCUCACCGGACGCGAACGGUGAUAUGUACGUCGCAGGUUUCCCGGAUCUAUACCAAUCCAGUAAAGGCUUUGACGAUCCUUAUAAUGGCAUUUCACCUGUCACUAUCUGGCGUAUCAGGAAGACGGUAGAUGUAGGGAAGACUGGAGUAAGAAGCGUGGAUUAUAGGGUUGAGAAGGUUAUUGAGGAUAAGGAUGCGAAGGUGCUGAGUGGGAGUACGACGGUUAGGCAUGAUGUCAAGACUGGGCGAUUGUUUGUCAGUGCUGCGGUGCACCCGUUCCUUGUGGUUUGCGAACCUACGAAAUAA